AUGAUUGCGGAGCUUGCAAGGAAGUUAAAAAUGCUUCAGGAGGAAAUGAAUCACACUCGAGAUUUGGCUAACUUGGCCAUCACUGUCAAUGCUCCUGCUCCAGGAGGACACGGGACUUCACUCCAAAUUCUUCUCUCAAUGGACCAUUACGAGGAAAAAGAGAAAAAGUGGAGGACUGAGCAUGAAAUGAAGUUGAUAGCUAUGAAUGAAGAGAUAAUAAGGAUCAAAGAAUCUCAUGGAGCGAGGGAUCACGACGGUUUAGGGUAUGAUGAUUUAUGUGUUCACCCUGGAAUAGAUUUACCAGAAGGGUAUAACGUCCCUAAGUUUAAAGUGUUUGACGGUACCGGAAACCCAAUGGCUAAUCUGAGAAGGUAUUGUGAUCAAAUGGUCGGGGUAGGGAAAAAUAAGGCGUUAUUGAUACGCCUAUUUAGCCGAAGUUUAAGUGGCGAAGCCUUAGAGUGGUUCUUGUCUCAGGAGCUGAAAAGAUGGACUGGUUGGAAAGCAUUAGCCAAGGGUUUCCUUGACAGGAAAGAAGCUGCCAAAGUGCAACCCCCCAUGUCUGAGGAAGAAAUAGUAUAUGUGUUUUCUUGUGAUCAAGAAGGAGAAUAUUAUACCAGUAUGGUGUUCGCUGUCAGGGCGACUUUUGCAGAUUUGGUAAAAAUAGAAGAAUCACUGGAAGAAGGUAUUCGGACAGGAAUAAUUGCCAAGACCCCAACAUCAUCCAGGACUGCUAUGUUAUUAAAGAAGGAAAAAGAGGAUGUAGGCACGAUUUCUGUUAAUUCUAUUGCAAAAAUGAAAAAGAGGUUCAACUCUAGGAAUAUUUUCUCUUCUCCGCUGUCACUACACUUUCAGCAUCCUCAUGUCCAAUCCACUCUUCCAAACAACCGAACAAACAUUCAAGUACCUCCAAAUUAUCAUCAAGUGCCUCCUCCUGCAUAUCAGAACCAUUAUAACCCUCUGUGUCCUAACAUCGAAAAAAAACCUCCCCGAAACUUCACGCCGCUGGCUGAAAGUCACACCCAACUAUUUGAAAGAUGGAAGAAUGUCGGUCAUUUGCAAACAAUCCAGUUGAAUCCUGUCAAUCCCAACUCUCGAUUUGAUCAUCCUGAUCAAAAUUGUGUUUAUCAUUCAGGAGCAGCAGGGCACAACACCGAGGACUAUAUUAACUUGAAAUAUAAGAUCCAAGAUCUGAUUGAUCAAAAGGUCAUCACGCUUCAGUCACCGAUGCCAACUAUUAACAGUAACUCAUUGGCUAAUCAUGGGGGACCUACAGUUAACAUGAUUGAAAUAGAAGAAGAAUAG